CCUCGUAUUGAGCGUUUCGCGGCGGCGGGUUACGAUGCGUGGCGCGUUGUAUCUUUAUUAUUAAUUAUUUGUUGUUGUUGUUUAUACUCUGUACCGUUUUAUUUCCCAUCGCAUCGCUCGUGUGUGUGCGCGCGUGUGUGUGUGUGCGUGUGCCUAUGCGUUUUGCCCCCCAAAUCCCCCAAAACGCCUCACCACCCCCCCUCAACCACCACUCUGCCGAGAAAAACCCCCCGAAAAAAUGAGAAUUACUUAAAAGGCAAAACUUCGAAACGCGAGUGUGUGUGCCACAGUGUGUUCGAAAAUAAUAAUAAAAGAUAUAUAAAUUAUUGCCUUGCAACAUGCGGCGGCAGAUGAAGUUUGUUCGGUUUCAGAUCAAAACAAAAUCAUAGGAUACGCUAUAUAUACAGUACCAGUCAAUCAAUCAAUAUCGUGUGCAUUCAAAAUCCACAUCGUGCCUAAAACUGCAACUGCAAUUGCGCGCCCUCUCUCCCAAUAAACCAAACGGAAACGGAAGUGCCAGUGACGUAAUACUCCCUAAACAAAAAAACAACACCCAGGAGAAUCCCUCCCACAACCUCUCCCUCAAGAUUGUGCAACAAAAACAAAGCCAAUUUCCGUAUGAACGUUUCCAAGGCAGCGACAGCUCGAAUCGAUGAGAAACAGAUUGCGCCUAAAUGUCUUCCGGAAUUAAUUGUCGUGAAAUUUUCGUAUUUUUGGAAAUUUUGAUUUGGAAUCAAGCAAAACAGAGAAAUCGACAAAACAAUGAGCAUAGCAACAACAACAGCAGCAGCAACAGCAACAACAAAGAAACCAGCAGCAGCAGCAGCAACAACAACAGCAACAAGCAACACAAUAAAAAUCACAGUAACCGUAGGAGCAGCAACAACAACGCAGUGAAAGUGAUAAAGCAGCAGCAGCAACAACAAAAGCAGCCGCAGCAGCAACAGCAACAACUGCCCAAAGCAACCAAAAACAAAAACUACAAUAGCAAUAACAAUAGCAGCAACAGCAACAAUCUGCACAUACUGCAAAAGGGUUAAAGUUGGACGUUCGAUUCAAAUUUAUAUUAUCAAAUCAUAGAGAAUUGCUUUAAAUAACGAUAACGAUAGAUAACUAAACACGUUUAAUACAUACGCGAACAAGUGUCUUAUUAACAGAUAGUUUGAUAAACAAAAA